AUGGCUCACUCGAAAGAUGAUGCUGUUAUUUACGACUACAUUGUCAUUGGAGGUGGUACAAGUGGUGCAGUCGCAGCUCGGCGUUUGGCAGAAAGAAGUGCAACCUUUAGUGUGUGUCUUCUUGAAGCAGGCCCCAGUCACGAAGGUAUAGUCAAUAGUCAGAUGCCUGGCGGUCUGCUAUCAAUGUUCAAGACUCCAUACGACUGGGACUAUGUUACCGUUACUCAAAAAGGAUGCAAUAAUCGUAUUAUCUCUGCUCCACGAGGUCGUUUUCUCGGUGGUUGUAGUGGAAUGAAUGGUACACUGCUCAUCCGAGGUGCCAAAGCAGACUAUGACCGAAUUGCAGAAAUGGGAAAUCCAGGAUGGAGUUGGGAUGAAAUGUUACCUUAUUUUAAGGCGUCUGAGACGUUUCAUCCAGCUGAAUGGCACCAAGCAGACUUGACUGCCCAUGGUACUGAUGGACCUCUGCACACCGAGCCGUAUUCUCUUGCACCCAUCUCUGAAAAAGUUCUUGAAUCAUUUAUUAACAGCGGCUUUGAUUACAAACCAGAUAUGUUUGUACAGGGUGAUUAUGAAGGUCGUACAAUCGUAUUAUUCGAUACAGUUCACUAUGCAGCUAUUGCCGUGAAUGAACAAAUGGAUAUGAUGCGUGAUAUAUCAUCUUAUUGUUUAAAAGUCGUUGAACUUCAACGAAUAUUAUCUGAUUUGGAUAUUUUUAUAUCGAAUCUUCCUAUAAAUAUAAAUAAAACAACAUCAAAUGAUAUAAUUCAUACACUUACAUAUGAACAAACUUCAGAUUUUAUUCCAAAAAAAAAACAAAAAGAAACAAAUUCAAUUAUAAGGCAACAAGAAAAACGUAUUAAACAAUUAAGAAAAACUAUUCAAAUAAUAGGAGAAUAUUUACGAAAAAUAUCUUCUCUAUCUUCUGCCGAUUUAUCAUAUUGUAUUCAGUCUUCAGUUUUCAUUGAUCAACCAACAAUUAUUUCAUCAAAUUCAAUUCAUUCUCAGCAAACAUCAACUAUUGUUCAAAAAUCUUGA